AAAACAGCAAUUUUGAUAAAUGUUUAACUCACAUUACGUAUUUUUCGAGAGACUAUUUGCCGUAAAUUUAUAUGCCAACACAAACGGACAAGAUAUCAUUUUAUUCAUCGGAUUUAUUGUUUCCUUUAGCAGAAUCUGUAACAUGGAGGAAGUGACAUGACGUGAAGGCGUUGAACGGUCAAGCAAUGUUAUUACGUUGUGAAUUGAAGAACUAGAAUGACCAGGUGUAAGAGAAAUAAUGCCGCUGAUAUAAAUGUCAACGUCACCGAUGUCUUAACCAAUGGAAUCAUUGCAAUUUCCAAUAGUACUUUUAAAAUUCUCAUAUAUUGCUUUACGCGUUCAUUCAUCAGUUAUCACAACGAGUGUAUAGGGAAAGAAGAAAGAUAAGUUUGAUAUAUCAGAGCUAAAAGUUAAGGUGGCGAAAAGUCUGUUAGCCUUCGGGAUACAUCAUCCGAAAAGGAUUUGAUUUUAUAUUUCAAAUAUGUAACAAUGAUGCGAAAAAAAUCAACUUGAUUUUUGAGAUUAGUUCUUGGAUAAAAACAAUCAACACUUUUUAUUUCCAAUCAACACAAUGGUUUUCUUUUUGGACAUUAAUCCCUUAAUCAUCUUAUUAUGUCUUCUAAUGUGCAUUGGAUUUUUAUACAGAUAUAUGAAGGAUACCUAUACUGUUCUCGAACGCCUUGGUAUACCAGGACCAAAACCAAUCUGGGUAUUCGGAAAUGUUCUGGAGUUCAAAGGAAAGAAUGUUCUGAAUGUGUUUGAUGACUGGAAGAAUAGAUAUGGAAACGUUUAUGGAUUUUACGAAGGAUUCCGAGCCGGUAUCGUGGUCAAUGAUGUAGACUAUGCCCAGGACAUUUUGAAUAGAUAUUUUGACAAAUUCGGUAUUCGCACAAGUUACCGACCCUUCAUCUACUACCCUGACAACUUGCGACUGAUUGAAAUAGACGGCGAUCAUUGGAAAAAUCAGCGAAUUGUGUUUACUAAAAUGCUGAACUCGCCAAUCACUUUAAAAUUGGUUAUUGACAAAAUGCAGGUAACCGCAAAGUAUAUGCUUCAACAAAUCUCUGAUGAAUUAAAAACUGUAUCAGACGGUAUCAACAUAUCAAGUGCCAUAGAUCAGUACGUGUCGGACGGGGUCAUCCGGAUCGUUUUAAACAUGAAUGAUGAGAGGUUUGAACUAUACAAACAUUCAUUUUAUGACUACGAGAUUCAAAGCAACUUGUCCGCAUCUGCAGACAACGAAGUCGGGGGACUAGCUCGACUUUUCCCUCGGCUAGCACCACUUCUGAAAUGUGCGGACAAGAAAUAUAAAUAUGCGCACGAAAAGGUUGUAAAGAUUCUAAGAGAGUUCGUUGAAGAACUAUCUUCUCGCCGGAACAAUAAUAAAGAUAGCCAGGAGGUGCAUGACAGUCUGUUUGCUUUCCUCCUCUCUUCAAAAGUACCUUGCCGGGACGCUGACGGCCGCUCUGCACAUCGAAAUCUUUCUACUGACGAAAUUAUUGCUCAUAUGUUGACACUCCUGAGCGAGAUACACUCAACAACCACCGCAAUGAUUCUGUUCAUUCUGUAUGAACUAGCUUGUCAUCAGGAUUGCCAAGAUAAACUAUACGACGAAAUCAAAAACAUGGGCGAUCAGGAUGAAGAUAUCUCUUCUGAACAGCUGAAAAAAAUGGAGUAUUUUGAUAUGCUGUUCAAUGAAACAUACCGCCACCAUCCUAUAGCUCCAGGGGUUUCCCGGGUGUGCACAGAAACUUGUACAAUAAGAGAUGUGCAAUUUCAAAAAGGGAUGGUCGUAAGGGUGAUGACAAGUCCUUUGUACAAGGACGCAAGUUUGUUCAAUCUACCUGAAGCGUUCUUGCCCGAAAGAUUCUCCGAAGAGAGCAGACGAAAUUGUCACCAGUAUAGUUUUCUUCCAUUUGGUCAAGGUCCAAGAAUGUGCCCGGGGCAGAAGCUUGCAAUAAUCAAAGUGAAAAUAGCAGUUAUCAGUAUUGUUAAGAACUACAGAUUAACAACGUGUAAAAAUACAGAGACUCCUCUGAAACAAGCGCUGCGCCCCUCUCUGACACCAGCAAAUGGAGUGUGUAUACAAUUGACAAAAAGAGCAUCAUAAGAACACUAUGUAUACAUUAUUCUAUCAAAAUCAAAGUUUAUUUCAUUUGGAAUUCGUUGUACCUUGCUUUAAAAGCUUCGGUUCUACUUAAGAUUCAACAGUCACAAUAACAGAUUCAUAACAUUCACUGAAAAAAGGAUUAGACUCAAGAUUUUUGACAGUAUUCUUUCAGGUUUCAUCUAACGAUCUACCUCCUAUACAGACCCUUGAUGAUAUAAGUGAAUUAGCUUCACACGAUCAAAUGAUUCUUGUUGUGCAUUAAAAGGAUAUUCAGGCAAAAUAAUGACAAAAAUAUAUAAAUUAUCUUAAGUACUCAAAUCAGGCUAAAAUGACAUUUCUUGGGGUUUCAACAUAAAUACAUCUAUACAUGUUGAACAAAAUUUAGACGCAAAUAGAAUCACCAAAUAGUUUUAAAACAAGCAAGGUGACCUAAACAAACCUUUAAUGUUUCCAGCGUCCACUUUGACAAAUAUUGCGAAAUCAAAAUGCUCUAACCUGACCCACGCGGGUCAAAUUAGGAAAACACCAUUUUAUUCUUUAUAUGGAAACAAGUUUUGCUUCAGUGACUGUCUAUAUAUUCAUUUUGAGGGCAUUUACAGAAGAAUGAAUGACAAAAUCAAAACUAAGAAAUGAAAAUUUUGCCUGUGUCUCCCUUUAAUGGAUAUCAGUAUCAAAGCCAAUCUAUGACCGUUUUCUAGCGUUAUUGGCGCUUUGGUUACCCGCAUCAUGUGUAGCGAUUUCUGAUGCUGCCAGACUACAUCUUGUAUUUAAUCAAGACAGAAGCAUCUACGUUUGAAAAUGUUUAAGUAAUUUUAUCUAUUCGUUAAUUGUAAAAAAAUAUUGUAGCUGGAUUAAUUAAUGUACUAUGAAGACGUAUUUUCUAAGUUCACCCAAAUCUGUUCAGAGAGAAUGCAAUUCAUACUUUUUGUUCUUCUGAAAACCGCAUUCUUCUUGAAUAUUUUAAAUUAAAAUCGUUUUCUCUAAAAUCAUUAUACAGACGUAGGUAAGAAUCUUAACAAAGCAUUAUAUUAUAAAUUUCCUUUUCUUUUUUUAUAUUGUACGAAACUUGACCACUUUGUUUUAUGCAUGCAAUACUGUUGUUGAAGAGACGGUUGGUGUACAAAUGGACGUUCUGCAAAGGUUUUACUUUAUACAUGACAUCAAGAGUAAGCAAAUCUGCUUAUUUAUCAAAUAUGACAUGAACAAAUUGAUUAUUUAUUGUUAUGAAUUGCUCGUUGAGACUUUUUAAAUUCUAUUUUAGAAAUGUUCGUUUUCUUUUAAUGUGUUGAUUUUUUUUUUGUUUAUUUUAAAUUCUAAUUGUGUUUAAAAGUUGUAUCAUAUACUUGGCAAAACUUAAACUCACUCAUGUGUACAAACUAUCUGUUUUAUGAUUAUUUUAGACAUCGUACUUAAUGUAAUGGUAUUAUGUAUGAAUGUCACAUACUUAUUUAUGAAGAAGUUGCAAGAGAAGAAAUUUUUAAAAGAAAAACAACUCCAAAUCACAUUUUCACAGCAGGUCAUAUCUACUCAUUUUUGGUAUAAGUAAGCCAACCAGGCGGAAACCUGAACUUUUUCAAAAUAGCAUAGACAUUUGCAAAUAUUUUCAACAGGACUACUUUUACUACAUAUCAAAUACUUUGCUACUGUCCUGAUCAGGGGAAGUUAUCACUGCUGGGAAUUAUCUAUAUGGACAUUUGAAACAAUAAAUAUUUUUUCAAAAUGAUCCUGGGUCGAAAUAAAAUUGGUUAACUUUGUUAUAUCUAAGUUUUCGAUAAAUAAAGAAUAUGGUAAGAACUAUCAUUUAGAUUUAUUUUACAACUAUCCUUUAAAUUGUACUAUAGAAUGGCAAGAAUGAUCAUUUCCAUUUUAUUUUAUAAUGACCAAUGAGAUUUCCAGAUUUUGAAAUGACCAAUGAUAAUUCUACUUAUAUUCAGCCCUGUAAAAUAUAUAGGUAGUCAAACUGACUUCAGACGGCCUAUGGCCGGAAAAUUUUGUCAUUAUGAAAAUAUAAGUUGUACAGAUCUGUCUAGAAUUGGUUUCUUUUGGUUUAUCUUUUACGUUCUCCGAAAAAUGGUCCUGUUUUUCAUUGUAUGUGUAUGUAUUUAUUUUUUAUUUAUUUGGCUGUAAACAUUGGCAUCAUGUUCCAUGCUUAAUAAACUUUGUAUGAUUCCAAUAAGACAAACCACACGCGUACAUUCAAUUAUUUAUUAUUCAUAUCGGUUUCGAACUAGUAUGUUCUUCGUCAGUGAAUAAGCAAAAAAUGACGUCACACGACGUCAACUUCAAAGAUGGUGGGAAAUAUACAUUGUGACGUUACGUUAUAUGGAAAUCCAUUAAAAAUUAAUUCAGAUUUUAAUAAACUUUGUAUUAUAAAUCAGAACAUGAGUUACAUAAAUUAUAAAUGGUGUUUUUUGUGUAUUGAAAACAAACAAAAUAUUACUACUUGUGUUGUUUGUAUGCAUCUUGCCAUUACAUUUGUUAAGUUGUUUGUUAUUUAUUAAAUUAUGUAUACCUCAAUUGCAGUUUUGUUUAACAAGUAACUGUACUAUCAUAAAGUCAUGAAUAUGUUUUAAAGGCUUCAAGGAAUUCCACUGAGGUUCAAAUGCUUAAAAACAUAAAAUUUGAAAAUCCCGACAGUUUCAAGAUAAGCACUUUUAAAUGGAAAUGUGGAAAACACUUCAAAGAAUAAUCAAGAAAAAUAUACCCAGUAUAAAAUUGAAAAUUGAUUGUGUGUAAUUCUUUGCCAGAUGUGAGCGAAAUACAUUUCGACGCGUUUCAUUGUUGGCCACUUUACCGAAGAAAACUGAUUAUUCUGAAGAAAAAAACGGGUGAAGGAAUGUGAAAAUUUGCACACAAGUAAUUGGUUUAUACCUACAUUAUUAGUACAUAAAUCUAGGGAAAAAACUAAUUCCAAACCCGUCGUGUCGACAAAAACCUCAGUGGAUUUCCUUUAAGUUCCCUUGCCUUUUUUGAUGUUGUUUUCGGUUCCACUGUGCUUUUAUUUUAUUUAUACUUGCCAGUAUUAACAGUAUUUCUUUAAAAUUGAAUUCACUGUAAAAAUAUGGGUUGAAGUGAGCUGACUUAUCAGACUGACUUAAUUAAACUUAUCUAUUUAAAAUAUUGUGAUGAAUGGAGAUUUUUUUAUUCUAUUUGUCUUCAUGCCAGCACGGCAGAGGAUUAUAUAACAGCCACAUUGCUCUGUCUACUAUUGCAGAUACACCAUAAGUCCUCUAAACACUGGCGUCGGAGUUGUAAAACAUUCUACUGAGUUCGGUCUCAAAUUGCAGGAUUAUCAUUGGUCAGUGUGCAUUCUCAAGCAGUUUCUGAUCAAUCACAUACAUGAGAUUAGAGUUUGAGCUUAGAUAAUUUCUUUAUAACAUUUGACCCUGGUAAGGGUGUUGGUUUCUGUACUCAAAUAAGUUUAUUUUCUAGCAAAUGAAACAGUUCAUUCAAGACUUGUACAAUAAGUACAUAAUCAUUUUAUAUAUACAUAAAUAGUAUAUUCAAUUAAAAUCACAAUGAAACAAAAUCAGCACAUUAUCACAAAUUCAUUUUUGAGAGGUUGAAAUGUAUCUAAAUAUGAAUAAUAGUAGUUCUAUUUGAAAAUGUUCAAUAUAACAGGAUGUUUGGUUUUUAGAAUAAUUAUUCUUAUUUGUUGUAUUUAAGUUAAGUUACUCUUGGAUUGACAUAUUAUUAUAUAUAUUGACAUAUUAUUGUUUAUAGUAAUAUUUUUUUUUCUUA